AUGGCCCAGGCAGUACGACAAGAUGCCACGAUCCACUUUGGGCAGACGGUAAUCAAAGUCGUGAGCCGGAUGGAGGAUUGGCCAAUCGGCUGCGUCAACGUGACCACGGCCUCGGGCGAUGCCUUUCUCUUUGACGAGCUCGUCUUCACCGCGCCGCUCGGCUGGCUGAAGCAGCACCAGGCGUCGACCUUCCAACCGCCACUGCCGGCCCGCCUGGUGAGUGCCAUCGAUAGCAUCGGCUACGGCUGCCUUGAAAAGGUCUAUAUUUCCUUUCCCGACGCCUUCUGGAAGCGACCGGACGCAACGACUGGCCGGGUCGUGCGCGGCUUCUGCCAGUGGCUGGCCCCGGGCGUCUACGCGCAGCCGUCGAACCCGGAGCACUGGCCGCACGAGGCCGUCGAUCUCAGCACGAUGCCUGCCUCAACCGCCCAUCCGACUCUGCUCUUCUACACGUUUGGCGCCCAGUCACGGCAUAUCACAGAUACGCUAGAGGCACUCAGAGCGAAUGCGGACAAGACAGAUACGACAGACACGGCCCAGAACAACUUCCUCAUCAACUACUUCCGGCCCUACUUCUCCCGCCUGCCACACUACGAUGCCGUUGAGCCGGCUUGCCAGCCCGUCGCCUGUCUGGCCACCAGCUGGCUGCACGAUGACCUCGCCGGCAAUGGCAGCUAUAGCAACUUCCAGGUCGGCCUCGAGGCCGGCGACGAGGACGUGCGCACUAUGCGCGAGGGCCUGCCGGACCGUGGACUCUGGCUGGCCGGCGAGCACACGGCCCCGUUUGUCGCCCUGGGCACGGCCACAGGGGCACAUUGGAGCGGCGAGUCGGUAGGCCGACGCAUCGCCGAGUCCUAUGGACGGCAGAGAGAGUAA